AUGACGUCACGACGGAAGCGCCCGAACCAAGAUGGCGCCGAGGAAUCACCCGCGAACAAGGAAGAUAAAAAUGGCCGCAAUUCCAAACAAAGGGAGGAGUCAAAGGCAGCGCGGAGUGAGGGUGACAGCCACGACGCCCACGAGGAGCCCAAUGCCAUGGCACUCGGGUCGCUGAAGAGUGCCACGCUGAAGGAAACCCUCUGCCGAGCCUUGCAACAGUGCAGCCAAGUUUGUGGAAUGCGUCAUGGCCUGCCUCCGUUUUCUUUCAACGCCCUCGCCCGUUUUCUUCACCGGCCGUGCGACCCAGCAUCCCUUGCAGCUACUCGUAUCAUGUUUGGGGUGUUAAUGGCUUUGGAUGUACUGCAAGAGCGAGGCAUGAGUGUGGCGGAUGUUAAAUGGGGGGACUCAAGUAAAUGUCGUUUUCCCUUGCUGGAGGUGUUGCAUCCUCUGCCGCUGCCAUAUAUGGUUGUCUUGUACGCCGUCAUGUUUAUUUGCUCCGUCAUGAUGUCCCUCGGUCUCCUGUGGCGCGUCUCCUGCAGCGUCUUCGUGGCCUCCUACUGGUACCUGUUCCUCCUGGACAAAUCCUCCUGGAACAACCACUCCUAUCUGUACGGUCUCCUGUCGGUCAUUCUGCUGCUGUCUGAUCCUCACCGCUGCUGGUCCCUAGACGGGAUGACGAAGGCAGGCAUCCGGAACAGUCACGUCCCCUUCUGGAGCUACGCGUUGCUUCGAACUCAGGUCUUCCUCCUCUAUUUCUUGGCGGGGAUCAAGAAACUCGACCCUGAUUGGCUGUUGGGAUAUUCGAUGCAGAACCUCUCCGAACAUUGGGUCUUUUCGGUGUUCAGACCGAUCCUGAGCAACAACGCCAUUGAUUACUUCAUUAUACACUUGGGGGGUUUCACGUUGGACCUCACCAUCGGCCUCCUGCUCCUGUGCGAGUCCACGAGGAAACCUGCUCUCUUCUUCGGCUCUGCUUUCCACCUCAUGAAUUCACAGAUUUUCUCUAUAGGUAUGUUUCCCUGGGUAUGCAUAGCGACUCUGCCGAUCUUCUGCGACCUGUCCUGGCCGCGACCUCUCCUCUCGUCGUUCCAGAAAUUCCUCCUUCCUCUCAGAACCUUCCACGACAGGUUUAUACCCUCCAGACAGAGUAGUGACGAGGGGCCUUCAACAGACGACGACGCCACGACUUACAGUUGGUCGUCCAUCUCUCGCCAGGAGAAGAUCAGACUCUACACCUCCCAGAAACUGAACAAGGAAGAGAAGUUCGUCUCAGCGAAAGAUACAAGUGUCGGGAGUAAUAUUAGUGAUCAAAUGACAUCUAUAACCAACGAUGACCAAGAAGUAACUAUGAGACAAAAGGUGACGAGCGUGUUAGUUGUAGCUUACCUGUGUCUUCAGCUGUUUCUGCCCUUCUCUCAUUUCAUCACCAAGGGAUACAAUACCUGGACUGACGGCCCAUAUGGCUACAGCUGGGACAUGAUGGUACACUCCUGGGACACUCUCCACGUCAAGAUCACAGUAGUCAAGCUGGACACCGGAAAGAAGUUCUAUAUUGAUCCUAAUGUGUACGUCAACAACGGCCGAUGGACCAGCCACGUGGAUAUGGCGGUGCAGUAUGGGCGUUGUAUAGAGAGCCGUCUUCGUGGCCACGGAUACGCCAACAUUUCCCUGCAUUUCGACGUCUGGAGGUCACUGAAUAAGAGGUUCCAGCAGCGGGUUUACGAUCCUAGUGUGGAUAUUCUUACAGCUCCUUGGUCACCGUGGGAAAAGACUCCGUGGGUGUUGCCCGUGCUAGUCGAGCUAAGUCAGUGGCGUGAUAAACUCAGAGAGCUUCAGGAAGGACAAACCUCACCUUAUUCAGACAGGAUAUUUGUAGCAGAUUUUCCCGGCAUGAUGCUGGAAAACUUUCUCAGUGAAGAUCUUUCCAACGUUACGAUAGAGGUUCUCCACGGGGAGGUGAGAGUUCUUGUGCCGGUCGUGGCAGGUGGGUCCGCCUCGGUUGACCUCGAGGAGGGCGAGGAAGAGGCGGAGGAGCUCACACAGAAUGAAGCCUGGAAAGUGGUACACCUAAACAACACGGCAGCAAUCGCGAAUGACAGCUGCCACUCACUGAAAGGCGAAGAAAAUUUCCUCACUUAUGGAGGUUGUUUCCCCAAGGAUUCGGACAAAGACAAAGAUUUAAAAGUUCGAUCCGUGGUUCUCCGCGCGGGCGAAUCAAUGGCCCUUCCCAGCGGCACUUUUCACUCUGUCAUCACCACUUCGCCGACGCCUUCCUCGUACAUGUAUACCUUCGUCAAUACAACCAUACAAAAGCAAAUCACCGGUAACGCUAACAAUGACCGCCCAGGUACCCCUAAACCUACAGACAUGUGUAGUAAUCACAUCACCGAGAAUUAUUUCACACGUACGAGCAAGAAAACCACGUUGGCAUCGGAAUCCAAAGACUGUGAAACCAAACUGGACGAAACGAAGCCACCAAUCCACACACCCGAUGGAGACAAGAACGUGCAGUCUUACCAGCUCGAGACAGGGGCGAGCGGGAUGGCCUGUGGCGCGCCGACGGUCUUGGACUUCGUGAAGUUUGUGAGGCUGAAACUUGCCUCUUUCUACAGGAGUGCCAGGCUGCUGCGAGACGCCUGCAGGUAUAUCGUUGCGGGAAUCCCCAUGGAUGUAGCAAGUAUUGAGGAAGGCAAAGACGUUUCCGACCGAGAACCUGCAGCUCUGGUUUUACUCUCCCGUGCAGCAUCAAAUGCCUGA